UCUCUGGGCAAGAAGCGCGCUCUGCUGAUAGGUUUGGUGCAUUUUUGGAGAGUAGACGCUGAAGGUGACCAUGCCGGUGGACAUCAGCCAGUGGAGCGGGGCUUUAGCCCUCACUGAGGUGGACGAGAAGCCGGCCAAGCCGCUUACGGUCAAAUACGGCUCGCUGGAAGUCGACGAGUUGGGAAAAGUGCUCACUCCCACUCAGGUUCAGAAUCAGCCCACGCUGAUUGAGUGGGAGGGCUGUGACCCUGGCAAGCUGUACACUCUGGCUAUGACUGAUCCAGAUGCACCCAGCAGGAAAGACCCCAAGUUUCGGGAAUGGCACCACUUUCUUGUUGUCAAUGUGAAAGGGAAUGAUAUCUCCACUGGGUGUGUGAUGUCGGACUACGUUGGUUCUGGCCCUCCUAAAGGAACUGGCCUCCAUCGUUACGUGUGGCUGGUGUAUGAGCAGCCCGGCUCUGUGAACUGCACCGAACCGGUCCUGACCAACCGCUCCGGAGAAAACCGCGGAAAAUUCAAGAUCGCCAACUUCCGCAAGAAAUACGGCCUUGGCGCCCCGGUGGCCGGCACAUGCUACCAGGCUGAGUGGGACAACUACGUACCCAAGCUUUACGAGCAGCUGGCUGGGAAGUAAACAGAUAUUUUCACCAAAAUGCCCCCCUUUAUUGGAGCUUAACAGAGUUGGGGUCUGUGCAGUUUCAUUAUCACCUGUUCAGAUUAUCACAGCACUGUGUUAAUGCUUUACUAAAGCUCAUCAAUUGGAUUCGAUCUCAACUCUGAUUCACAUCUCGCCUUUGCUUCACUGCUGUUCCUGCACUUAAAUGGUGGUUGUUUCGUUUGAAAAUGCUAAUUUUUUUUGGUCCCCAUACCUUGUUCCUAUGGAUACAGAUCUAAUUUUGUGCACCACGGUGAUAGGAUGAUUUUGUUGUAUAAGACGUGUCGGGAAUUAGGGAAAAAUGGUGUUCCUGAUAUUAAAAACUACAGCAGACUA